CUCCUCUUCCUCCUCCGCUUCCUCAGAAAUCAACUCCUCCUCGGGACGAGACGACUCGUCUCACUCCUGCAGCACGGUGUCUCCUGUCCUCGCCUUCUACCUCUCAGCUGCCGCCUCCUGCCGCCUCCACCGCGGCGGCCAUGCCUCCAGUCGGCAGUGCGUGUGUUCUCCUCCUGCUCACAGCGAGCCUCUGCUCCGCAGACAAGAUGACAGCAGCCACCGUGUACUGGGAUCCGCUCCAAAAGAACGUCCUGCUGAAGGAAGGCGUGCUGGAGAAGGAGGGGGAUGCGUACGGGUACCUGAACAACACCUUGUCCAGCACAGGCUGGAGCGUCCUAGAGAUCCGCGCCGGCUACGGAAAAACUCCAGAGACCGACGAGGUCACCUUCUUUCUGGCCGGAUACCUCGAAGGCUUCCUCACCGCCCAGCAGAUGAUGGACCACUACACCAACAUGUACCCGCAGCUGAUUGACGACCCAAGGAUCCUCGGCCUGGUUCAGAGUUUCAUGGCGAAGCAGGAUUCAUGGGUCAGAGAGCAAGUGAAGUCCAACAAGAGCUCCGAUCCUCUGUGGAGACACGCAGGCUUCAUCGUGGCCCAGAUGGACGGACUACAAGCCGGAGCAAGGGACUGGGCCAAGAAACAAGGGCUAAAGCCGCUGUCCCUGUUUGCCAUCCAGUUCCUGAAUUCAGUGGGAGACCUGCUGGAUCUGAUCCCGGCCUUGGUCCCCAGCCUCCGAAACAGAGACUUCAAACUGCCGGGGAUGGGACACUGCUCUGCGCUCAUCAAGAUGCUUCCCGGCUUUGAGAACCUCCUGUUCGCCCACUCCAGCUGGUACACGUACGUUGCCACGAUGCGGAUCUACAAACACUGGGACUUCCACAUCGCCGAGCCCAACACGGCCACUGGGAAACUGUCGUUCAGCAGCUACCCUGGUUUCCUGGUGUCUCUGGAUGACUUCUAUCUCCUGGGCAGUGGUCUGAUGAUGACCCAAACCACCAACAAUGUCUUCAACUCCUCCCUGUUCGAUCUGGUCUCCCCCCAGAGUCUGCUGGCAUGGCAGAGGGUCCGGCUGGCUAACAGUCUGGCUCACACCGGAGAGGAGUGGGCCCAAACCUUCUCCAAGCACAACUCUGGUACCUACAACAACCAGUACAUGGUGUUGGACAGGAGCAAAGUGAAGCUGGGCCACAGCGUCGAUGACGGUGCUCUGACGGUGGUGGAGCAGAUCCCUGGUCUGGUGGAGUUCUCCGACCAGACACAGGCUCUGCGCAGAGGUCACUGGCCGUCCUACAACAUACCUUUCCACCGGAAGAUCUACCUGCUGAGCGGUUACGUUGAAAUGUCGAAGAAGUACGGAGAGGACUUCUCCUACGAUCUCUGUCCCAGGGCCAAGAUCUUCCGCCGGGACCAGGGCGGCGUCAAGGACCUGGACUCCUUGAAGCACAUCAUGAGGUUCAACGACUACAAGAAGGAUCCAUACUCCAAAGAUGACCCCUGCAAGUCCAUCUGCUGCCGAAACGACUUAAGGUCCGAGGAGCCUUCACCGGGAGGUUGCUACGACACAAAGGUGACAGAUUUCCAAAUGGCUGGGGCCUUCUGUGCGGAGGCGGUGAACGGGCCGACCACACAGGACGGACUCCCGCCGUUCAUUUGGGAUAAAUUUAGCAACAUCAGCCACCAAGGUCUGCCGCAGUUCUACAACUUCACCUUCGUCAGGAUGCAGCCUCUGCUCUUCGCACCGUGAGGAGUGUGUGUUUGUGUGUUUGUGUGUGUGUGUACACAAUCUUCUUUCUUUUGUGAUUAUUUUAUUUGUUUGCACAAGAUUUUAUUUUAUCUGCUGCUGCUUAAACAUCAGAUCGACGUCCCACCAGCAUGUUUUCAUUGUAAUAAAUACAUUUAUUGUCCCUCCACCUGAUAAAAUGCUGAACUUUGCCUUCGAUCUGUUAAAGUGCCAUUUUAAAUCAGUGGGUUUACACACUUUUCUCAGGUUGUGAUGAAUGAUUGGAAAUACAGUAUAAAUCAGGGUUGUUUUCAUUCCUGCAGCCAUUUGUGCCUUGACCACUGAGUCACUUUAUGAUGUUAUGAAAUCCAUCAAUGCAUUUGAGCUGUCUUGUCUUUUUGCUCCUUUAAUUCUUUUGAAAUGCUCAAAAUCUUCCACUUAACAAUAUCGAGGUGAUGAAGACAAUCAGUGCAAUGUCAAACUCAGGAAAUAAUCUUUUCUGGUGAUGUGAUUUACGAGCAUCUCAUUUUGUACUUUGUCCAGAAUGAAAAUAUUUCAGUUUUGUAUUUUUGUAUAAUCCUACGUGUAAUGCUGCACAUUUUGUUCAUGCUAUGAUUUCAUGUGUAAAACUGUUUAUUAAAGUUUUACUGUUGCAACUGAA